GCACAGCCCGCCCGGCUCGGCUCGGCGCUGCCCGCCCGGCUCGGCGCGGCGCGGCGCUGCCGCGGGAGGCGGAGACUGAAAAGAAAUGAAUGUCAGAGGGGAUUUGUUUAAUCAUUUAACAGCUGACACAAGCCAUGUCCCUAACAAAACGCUGCUGAAAGAGUAGAAGAUUCCUGGGAUACAGCGGCGCCUGCACCGGGAUGCUGCUUGGGCGUGUGGGGGGCACCGUGUGCAGCGGGAUGCCGUAGCCCGGAGCGGGGGCUCGCUGGGAGCGUCCGAUGGCGUGCAUGGAGCUGCUCUGCCUCGCCAAGCAGGGCGGGCAGGCCGCGCUGGGCACCGGCGGCGGCUGGAGUUUGUGCCCCCCUCCCCGCGAGCCGCAGCGGCAGCAGCACGACGGGGGCGACGUGCACGGCAGAGCAGCCGCUGCCGGGGCAGCCCUGGGCUGCGAAAGGCAGGGCAAGUCCUCGCUGAGGGCGGCCGAGCCCAGCUCAGCACCCCUGCCCUCCCCGGCGGGCGCCUCUUGCCGGGAGUACCCCACUGGCCCCGGCGGCUCCCAGCCCGGCUCCCAGCCCCAUCGCUUGACGGGGGAGGAGGAAGCAGGGAAGAAGAAAGCCUGCUGCUGCGCCCAGGAGCUUGAGACGUCGUUUACCUACGUGGAUGAAAAUGUGAACCUGGAGCACGCAAGAAGUCUCCCCUCCCCGCCGAGCGGCGGCUGCCAGGAUCCCCCUCCGCAGCAGGACUCUUGCAGGGAGCUCCCGCCUGCCUGGGGUCACGAUUCCCCGUCCCUGGUCUCCGAGGAAGAUGACGCCGCCUCAGAAGCAGCCUCGGGGAAAUCCGUAGACUACGGGUUCAUUAGUGCCAUUUUGUUCCUGGUUAGCGGCAUUUUGCUGGUGAUUAUUUCCUACGUGGUGCCCAGAGACGUGACUGUGGAUCCCAACACGGUGGCCGCCAGGGAGAUGGAGAGACUGGAGAACGAGAGCGCCAGGAUUGGGGCUCACUUGGAUCGAUGCGUUAUCGCCGGGUUGUGUCUCUUGACCCUGGGGGGAGUGGUGUUGUCCAGCCUGCUCAUGAUGUCCAUGUGGAAAGGGGAGCUGUACCGGAGGAGCAGGUUUGCGUCCUCCAAGGAGUCUGCAAAGCUGUAUGGGUCCUUCAAUUUCAGGAUGAAGUCUGGCGCAAAUGAUAAUAUGUUGGAGCUAUCAUUAGUUGAGGAAGAUGUGCUUGCCAUAGAUAAUUAGUAUGGUCAUGACUUUUAAGGCAGCAUUUCUACAGGAAAAUAUGUUUCAUUAAAGAAAACAGAUGCAGCUUAAGACAGCUGGUGAUGCAGUUUAUUUGUCUGACAAGAAUGGUUUUUUUCUUAAGCUCUAUAGCCGAAUGUUUGCAAUAUAUGAGCACUUGUUGUAAAUGGAAAACAAGCCAGAGAAAAUGCGGUCAAUAUAAAAUGAUGAAAACCACUGAAUAAAAAGAGAUUGGUGAUAAGUAGGUUCCUCAGAUGCUCCUUUAUCAGAAUAUAAAAUAUUCCUUCAGUCUCUUGCCUGUAUAAUUUCCUUAUUACUCCCAUAUAAAACAGGAACAUCCUUGCCACUUUGGAAGCUGUUAAUUGUUGCAGCCUACAGAAGGUUUAUUACCAGCCUACUUGGCAUCAUAUUAAGAAGCAGGACCAAUAAUCAGAUAGCAAGACUGACAUUUAAUUAAGACAUGUAAUUAAUUUAAUUUAAUUUUAAGCUGACCCCUUCUCCACCAUGAGUGAGAGCUAAGGAAAAAAAAAACGAAUAUGACUUGGUCAUUGCUUAGCACAGAUCUCCCGCACUUUGGAACAAUGGUGCAAUUAGUGAUGAUUAUUUAAAAUAUAAAAUAAGGGUCAAAGGGCAGGGGACCAUAUGGCUCACGGUAUUGGUAGGAGACAAAUGGCUCUUUCAGCUUGAGGUCAGUGGUUCCAUUUCAGUUCAGAUUAGCAGUGACUGAUAACCAUUAACUUCUGAUAGCUAUAGUGGCCCAUAUGAAAGAAGUUCAGUUCCUAAUGGACAGACGUCUUGGUAUGAAAACUGCCAUAACUUGAAUUAACUGAUCUCCUGUUUGGAGUCUCAAAAGACUCAAGGACUGAAAAAGCAAGGGGCAGCAGGCACUGAACACUUCUCCUGCAGUGCAGACGCCAAAAGAAACUCGGGCUCAGCUGCAGAGCUCUGCUUAGACCAGGCCCGUUUGCAUCGUACUGGUCCCUUUGAAACUUCAGUGCUACCUCCCCAGGCUGUCAGCCUUCUCACAACCCAAAAGAAGACAUCCAAACAGAGCUUUGGGGGAGCUUUCAUUUUAGAAAACAAUUUAUUUUAGAAAGUUAAAUAAAAAUAAAUUUUCAGGAAAUACAAAAGCUAAAUAUCAGGCAGUCAGGCGGGCUGGCGUGGGACUCAGCGUAGCGGAUGGUCAAGGGUCCGUGUUGCUGUUGAUCAUAGCUAUGCGGCAUGGUAGCCAGAAACCUCUUCCACUGGUGGUAUUUACUUCAGUUUCAGCCAGUUUCUGUGGAGAGUUAGAGCUGCAUUUUUGUGGUGCCAGGAAAAACAACAAGGAUUGUUGUACGCAGUAAUGUCAUUUCUUACUGAAUGGUGGUGGCUAAUAUAUAUAUAUGUAUGUCCUAUCCUCUGGCACAGCCAAAUAUCAGGGAAGAGCUCUGUCCGUGCAGACUUGGCUUGAUAGAAACACGUGGUUCACUGCUGCGGUGCUGUCAGUCAUGAGCUAAGUCUGAAAUACCAGGAAUAUCCAGUGUUUUAAAAUCUAGGCUCGUUUCCAGCUGCAACGCCCCCGAGAUACCUGAGGAGGGGUCUCGGAGGGGGGGUCGGCAUUACCUCCCUUUGUGGGGGUCUGCGAGGAGCCCUCUCCUGCCGGGCUGGGGCUGUGGCCGGCCAUUGGCGGCUCCCGAACCGGAGCUCCCAGGGUGUCGGGGUGUCCGGAAGGCCCCGAGCGCUGCCGGGCUGCCGCGGCCGGGCCCAGGGCGCUCCCGCAGCGAGAGGAGAGGCUGCACUGCCGGCUCCUUCCCUGGCCUUCACGCGGUGCCUGCGGCCUCUCCCCUGCACUCUCCGUCUUCACUCUGCCCGUCGUGGGCGGACGGUUUCGGAAGUUGCGCGGUGGAAGCGCGGGGUCCUCCCGCGCACCAGGGCCGGGCGCUGCCCUGCUGAGGAGACGGCGCGGCCCGCGUUACGUGUCUGCCCGCAGGACGGGGCUGUGGGUGCGCGUCACGACAUCGCGCGGGCUCGAUGACAGGAGCUCCCCAGCAUCUAACGGCACCCGUGGAGAGCUCGUGGACGUGCCGUCGGCCACGUGGAUCCAGUACCUAAGAUAACCGCCUGGAGUAGCUCCCACGUGAGAGGGGAGGCCCCCGGCAGCGAGAGGCGGGUGGCGCAGAGAGGGGACCCCGGCGCGGUGACGUGGGGCGUCAUGUCAGCGCGGUGAAAGCGCUGCCAGGCCGGGCCCCUCGCGGGGAUUGCCGCCCUACGUCUCCUCACUUACGCAGCGGGAGCUCUGCGAAGGAGGCUAGCGGUUUGCAGAGCCAUUAUUUUUAUUUUUUAAUGAUACAUAUGCAGUAAAUUGGAGUACGUUCCGUAAUUGCAGCUGGAUGACAGCUAACGCUGUAAAGAUCACAGAUUUCUUGUAAGAACUGUGGCAUGCCUUAAUGCUGAUUAUUAGCACUAGAAAAGGGAACGCUCCCCAGACUGUCGGUAUAUUAUUAUUAAGUGCGAAGUUUUCUGACACUUUGUAAAAUGCCUGUCACAGAUCAUGGGCCUGCAACAUUUAAAUGAACCCUCAAAUGUUCCCUGAACAUUUUAACGAAACCUAAGUCAACAUACUAGUCUAAGUAUGCACUGCAGAAAUGCGAGGAAUACAAAUUUUUAAGUAAGAGAGCUAACACAGUUUCUUUAUUUUGGUGUUAAUGUGUGCUAUGGAAGAGGGGAAGGAAGGCUUCCCGAGCAAAGAGCGCAGGAGUUGAGCAAACAAAAACUCUCAGGACAGUUCUCCGAUCACCAAACAUUAUACCUUUACAAACUGUAAGGCUGUGUGGGUUGGUGACGUGAUAUAAAACCACUGAACUCUCAGGUUUUAAUGAUGUACAGUGUGAUAGAAACCAAAACAGUUGUCUAAUGGUUGACUCUGGAAAAUGAAUGUAUUAGUCCACCCGCCCAGUGGAUGAGUGUGCAUCAUUUCAGUCACUAAAGGCAGUACCAAAGGCUGAGGCCAAGGGAAAUUAAUUGCCCUCUCGUACACCUUAGCAGUUUGAUUUCCUCUGCUCGAAAUUUAAAUGCUUUAAGGGUGCAAGUGUGAAGAAAAUUGUGUUUUCAUCGCCUGUGCUAACCUUGUUGCAUGGAUCGAUGGAGAGCUUCGUUCUGUGGGGAUGUCAGUUUGUGGGUGCAGCGGGUGGGUUUUGUAACUUGGAGAUGUGCUGUGAUUAGUGCCACAGGACGACCAGCUUAUUACCGACUGACCCAAAUAGUAAAAUAUGACACUUUCCUGUUUUCUACCUCAUGAUGUGUCAACUGGCCGAGUGGGUGCCAGGCUGUGGAGCCGAGGCUCUAUCUUAUCAUCCUCUCUCUUUCCCUCAACUCGGCCAGCCUCAGGGUGCAGGUGGCCCCGGCCGGGCAGGAGGAGCUCCCUACUCCUCCUCGGUGCCGCAGCCUGGCCCAGGGGCGAGUAUCGACCCUGAAGAGCCGCAGGCAGAAAUUAGCAUUGCAGCUCAGCCUCGACUGUUACAAUAGCUCCGUGCUGACUGUGGUGUUCGUGGUUUAUCUCCCUUGACCGGAAAUUUGUGACCAAGGCUGGCCAUUUGGAAACUACCGAAAGCCUACUGUGGGCUAUCGCCAAAACCCAGGCCCAUCGCGACACGCUCCACAGACCCGUUAUGGCUGUUGGUAUCAAGCCCAUGUCUCCAUGGACAGCCAGCCUUGCUUUCUCACUGCCAUCCUCUGAAGCCAGACCUGCAGCAGAAAAAAUUAAAACUCUCUCCUAGGAAGCUAUGCUGGGUUGUUGCUGUUUUUAAUAUGUUUACAGUUUUUUAAUCUUUGUAAUUCUUUUAAAAAUCUGUCCGUAAUGAACAUAAUGUUUACCAACUGGGAAAAUAACUGAUUUAAUCCCGUAAAACUCUUUUUUGACCUAUUAACGGGCAAAAUGUAACAUAAUGGUUCAUUGUGAGCUUUUCGAUAGUGCAUUUGAUGCCUUAUUAUAAUAGUAAUAGCAUUCUGUACAGGAAAAAAAUAAAAAUCUGUAAAGCUGA